GGGAGAGUGAACUGACGCAGGUGCUGACACACCUGGGCACACCUGAACACAGCAGGCGAUAAAAGGAGACCAGGGAGGCAGCUCCGACAUAAAACAGAGAGCGAGAUGGCGGGGGCAUCGCGAACAGCAACACCAAGGGUGAACUGGAAGAUAAUCGCAGCACUGCCCUUCCUGUUGUCCGUGUUUGGUUAUGGAUCUGCUCAGAGCUCUCCUCCAAGAGGCUGUGGUCCCAACCUUCUAAGCGUAUACUUCAACCUGUGUGACCUGGAUGCGGUGUGGGGGAUCGUCCUGGAAGCCUUUGCCGCUCUGGGGAUCGUCACCAGCCUGGUGCUGGUCAUGGUGCUCCUGGGCAUCACCCCUUUCAUUGUCGACAGCAGGAAGAAGGCUUCCGUUCCCGUCCACUGCGUCUUCCUGCUCGGCACCAUGGGGAUCUUUGGCUUAACCUUCGCUUUCAUCACCAAGCUCGAUCAGAGGACGUGUCCCACCAGGAUCUUCCUCUGGGGCGUGCUCUUUGCCAUCUGCUUCUCCUGCUUGCUGGCCCAGGUUUGGAGAGUGCUGAAGCUGGUGCGGUCAGGAAACGGUCCGUCUGGGUGCUGCAUGCUCACCGUGGUCCUGUGCCUCACGCUGGUCCAAGUCAUCAUCGACAUAGAGUAUCUGGUGCUGCUAACCCACCGAAUGAAAGAAAACUGUUCCUACACCAGCACUGACUUCACCAUGUUGCUCAUCUACGUCAUGUUCCUGAUGGCCCUGACUUUCAUCCUGUCCAUGUUCACCUUCUGCGGCCGCUACCAGAAGUGGAAGAAAUAUGGCGCGCACGUCUUUGUUACCAUGCUGCUCUCCAUUGCGAUCUGGGUGGUGUGGAUAGUCAUGCUGGUGCGCGGGAACGCCGCACUGGGCAAGAGCCCCCUGUGGGACGACCCGACGCUCAGCAUCGCGCUGGUCGCCAAUGGCUGGGUCUUCCUCCUGUUCUACAUCAUCCCCCAGCUCUGGCACAUCACCUGCCCGGCCAAGCUCGAGGAUGGACCCGUGGAGGCCGUGCCUCAGAAUCCACACGGUGGAAUGAUGGGUGGCGUAGACAAUCAAGUGUUCACGUACGAGGAGUCAAACAGAGGAUUUGCCAUGACUCAUUCCAGUGUUGCCUCCUCGUCCCACUACAGCAACUCCGCCCCAAUGGAAAACAGUGUGUACAACGUGCCGCAAGAGUUUACAAUCCCUCGGCCACAGACAAAGACCAACUACUACCCGACGCCCUUCCUACAAGAUCCCUAUCUCAACUACCAGAACAGGCAGACAAUGUUCUAGAGCUCUUGGGGUCAGUUGGAAGCCCCGGGCGACUCCUUUUCCCGAGUGGCGUACUCCCUGCUACAAACCACUCUCCCACGCACCCCGCGGGACCACUGCACGUCCCCCCACCCCCGAUCGUCAGAUGAUUAAGAUACAAGCCUUUCCCGCGAGUGCUGAAGCACACAACUGUUUAUAUAUUGACUCAUUCACUGGCUGGUUACCCGAUGUCUGUUUGCGCAGUGGCGCGGGGAGUUCCAGGUGGUUAUCGCAACCUGCUUAUCUGACACACACCAUUACAGAGGUGGGCAAAGGGGGAAGAUAUAGUGAACCAGUGGUUUGAUCUACAGUACGAAUUAGAUAACAAGCCCUUGAGAUUAGUGCUUCACAUCUCGCUGCUCUUAAAGUGUAUUAUUGAUGACACACUGGCAAUAACGUCAGUGGCUGGACUUGUAAAUGCUUGCAGGGUCCCGCCACCUGUAUUGUCGCUACUUUCCCCGCUGCUCCAGAAGGUGACUACCGCAGUCCCAGCCCACCAGGCAGCCGUUCCACCUUCUAGUGCACCUGCCCCGAGGAUGCAUUUGCGGGCUCCCGGACACCACCCUUCCAUCUGGAGCGGCCAGACUCCCGAACGCCCUCCCGCCUCUCCCGUCGCCUGAUCGGAGGCAACCAGCAUUCAGGAGGAGGCCCCUGUCGGCUGCCAGGCCACUGUCUUCCCGAGACUGGGGCAGCCUUUUAUCACGUAGCUCCGUAUUGUAACCAGUAAAACGGGCCGGCUCGCCAGCGCCGCUGGUUCGCAAGGCGUUUGAGUCUGGGGCAUCAGUAAUAGUUAUCCGAGGGCAUUGUAUUUUCCCCCAAAUCAACCACCCAGGUCUAGAAGGAGAAAAUCAGCAGGGAAUCCUAGCUAAGCCUUUUUCAUUCUGCCCUCAGGGCCUAUGACAUUAGGGCACACUACCUCCAGUCCAGAUAAUAGACAAUAGGUGCAGGAGUAGGCCAUUCGGCCCUUUGAGCUAGCACCACCAUUCACUGUGAUCAUGGCUGAUCAUCCACAAUCAGUAUCCAGUUCCUGCCUUAUCCCCAUAACCCUUCACUCCGCUAUCAUGAAGAGCUCUAUCUAACUCUUUCUUGAAAGCAUCCAGAGAGUUGGCCUCCAUUGCCCUCUGAGGCAGAGCAUUCCACAGAACCACAACCCUCUGGGUGAAAAAGUUUUUCCUCAACUCCGUUCUAAAUGGCCUACCCCUUAUUCUCAAAUUGUGGCCUCUGGUUCUGGACUCCCCCAACAUUGAUAAAGGUCUCAACUUGAAAGGUCAACUGUCCGUUUCCCUCCACAGAUGCUACCUGACCCGCUGAGUUCCUCCUGCAGUUUGUUUUAUUUUCUUGCUUCAGGUUCCAGCACGUGCAGUCUCUUGUGCCUCUAUGCUAAAGUAGCUGCUGGCACAAUGGCUUUGCAGCGCCAGCCGUAAGCUCAGGCUUUGAUUCCCACCGCCGUCUGUGAAGGAAUCUGUUCCUUCUCCCUGCCUGGGGGUCCUCUGAGUGCUCUGGUUCCCCCCUCCCCAACACCCACAUUCCAAAGGUGUACGGGUUAGGGUUAGUGAGCUACGGGCAUGCUGGCAUGCUGCGUUGGCCCUGUGCGUGUGGCAACGCCAGCAAGCUGCCCAGCUAAAGUCACGCAUUUCACUGUACCUUUUGAUGUAUAUUUGAUAAAUAAAGCUAAUCUUAAUCCUUUUUCCAUAUAACUGUAAAUUGCAUAUGUAACUUUAAUACAAAUAUUAUUUAUCUAUUUUAAAGCCAUAGAUGUCAGUGUUUUUACUCCUAUGCCAAACUUUAUUUAAGCAGUUUUGUA